GUGUGAGUUUUAAAUAAUAUAUUUCUCGUAUGUGUACUAUUAACUUCUUAUUUCUUUUAGUGAUCGUGUAAAGAAACGUUUUUAAGCACUUCAGAUUUCAUGUUAAGGAAACGUAUCUUGAAACUUUCAUUUAGUUAAAUAUCUAUAAGUGUGUUUAUGAUAUAUAUUAACUGACAUAGUCAUGGAUCUGAUUCAAGGUAUACAAGCGCUUUUGUGUGACGGUGAUAAAGUUGUUUGUGCUAUCGAAGCCGGUCUUGUUCAAGAUUGGGUUAAAUCAAGUCGUGUUGUUGCACUUGUACAACAUUCAGAUGAACAUGGUAUCUUAGUUCUUGUGCAAACACGAACUUCAACCCUUAAUCAAGAUUAUUUUCGCAUUGAGAAAGUUGUUGCAGUUAAUGAUUCAUUUAGGUGCGACAUUGAAACUACGGGUGGUGACUCUAGCUCAGAUGAUAAUGUUUAUCUGAAAAUUACCAACGGAAAACAUAAGUUAUUAUUCGAACUACCUUAUAACCCUAAAGCCAAAGCAUUCUUUUCGCAAAUUUCUAAAGCAUCUGAAUCGUUUUUUCUUAGAAUCGGGCCUGCACCUGAUUACCAGUGGCUACAGAGGUAUCAACCAAUACCUUUGAUCAAAGAGUCUACAUUUUUCCUCGAUGAAGUAGAAAGCCUGAACAAUCUUUCUCUUGAUACCCAAUCUGUAAAUUCCAUGAAUUGUGAUGACAGCCAGUCUGAUUUUGAAAAUACAUAUUUUCCACACUUGAUGGCAGCACACAGCGAGUCUGAUCUCUCGAAAGGCCCGAUGCAGUCUCCUGAAUUCGGUAAUUUACCUAGGCAAAGCAUUGCUCUUGGUGUGACUCCAUUAGCGGCAAGAGAAAGUGUCAUUCGUCUUCAGAUGACGAUGCGAGAAGACGAUUAUGUGUACCUGCAAACCUAUACUGUAUUCAUGGGUACUUGGAAUGUUAAUGGUCUUCCUCCUAAAGACAAUCUACAAGACUGGCUUGCAGUAGAUCCUGAUCCUCCAGACUUUUGUGUUGUUGGAUUUCAGGAGCUGGAUCUCAGUAAAGAAGCUUACCUUUUUGCUGAUACCCCAAAAGAAGAAGAAUGGUUAGAAGCAGUAAAAGCUGGUCUUCACGAAAAAGCAAAGUACAAAAUGGUUAAAUUAAUCAGAUUAGUCGGGAUGAUGAUGAUCGUAUUUGCUAAGGAAGAACUAAUUGAGCACAUAAAGAAUGUUGCUGCUGAAACUGUAGGGACUGGAAUCAUGGGAAGGUUAGGCAAUAAAGGCGGUGUUGCGGUUCGCUUAGAUUUCCAUCGAACUCCAAUUUGCUUUGUUAACUGUCAUUUAGCUGCCCACAUGGAUGAAUGCGAAAGACGCAAUCAAGAUUACAACGACAUUUGCUCAAGAAUAACAUUCAAUCAGUUCAAACCUCCUAAAUAUAUCAAGGACCAUGAUCAUAUUUAUUGGAUGGGGGAUAUGAAUUACAGAAUUAUGGAUUUAGACAAUGAGCAAGUUAAGGCUCUCGUUGAGAAAAAAGCUUAUUCAGUUUUACUCGAGCACGAUCAACUCACUAUCCAAAAUAAAUUGAAAAAAGUUUUUGUUGGUUUUACGGAAGGCCUAAUCACUUUCAACCCUACUUAUAAAUAUGAUACAGGUACAAACAGCUGGGAUUCAAGUGAAAAAAAUAGGCCACCAGCUUGGUGUGAUCGAAUUCUGUGGAAAGGAAACAACAUAAAACAGUUGGUUUACAGAAGCCAUCCAACUUUACUUAACAGUGAUCAUAAAUGUGUCAGUUCUGUUUUUGAAUCCCAAGUGAAAGUUGUUGAUGUUGCCAAAUACAGAAAGAUUUAUGAAGAAGUAAUGAAAAAGCUGGAUAAGCUAGAGAACGAAUUUCUUCCUCAGGUGACCCUCGAUAAAUUGGAAAUAAAUUUUGGCAAGGUUCACUUCAUCGAACCUAAGGUGCAAUCAUUAACAAUUGCUAAUACUGGCCAGGUUCCCGUUCAAUUCGAGUUUAAGAAAAAGUUGAAUGAUACUCGAUACUGCAAAGAUUGGCUUAGCAUCAAACCAUACAUGUCUUUCCUAAAACCUGGAGAAAAAUGUGAUGUAGAUUUAGAAGUGCUUGUUGACAAGAGAAUAGCUUACAAAUUAAACGCUGGUAAAGAUAAAAUUUAUGAUAUAUUAGUUCUUCAUCUGGAAGGAGGUAAAGAUUUGUUUAUUACCGUUUCUGGUACUUAUGUCCCUGGUUGUUUUGGUGCAUCAUUAGAAGCUUUAGUAAGAUUAUCAGUACCUGUAUCAGAAGUAUCUACAGAGGAAUUAUUUGAAUUAGAAAAUAGCAUAGCUACAAAUACCAAAGUGAAGCCACAGCAAUUUGAAAUUCCUAAGGAGAUAUGGGUUCUCAUCGACCAUUUGUAUAAGUUCGGUUUAACGCAGGAAGAUUUGUUUUUGCAGCCUGGUCUUCGAUAUGAGCUUCAAAAAAUAAGAGAUAAAUUAGAUAAUGGUAUUUAUGAGCUUGGACAGUGUCAGAUUCAUUCAGUGGCUGAAUCAUUCCUUUUGUUUCUGGAAGCUCUUGCGGAGCCUGUUAUUCCUUACGAGUUUUAUUACAAAUCUUUGGACUGUUCGAAUAAUUUUAUCAGCUGUAGAAAUGUCGUCAACGAAAUCCCUCGAGUUCAUCGUAGUGUUUUCAGAUAUUUAAUAUCAUUUUUGAGAGAGAUUCUUCAUCACGGUACAUCGAACAGACUGGAUGGAAAGUUGCUGGCCACAAUCUUUGGCGAAAUUUUGCUUCGUGAACCCGUGAAUGAUAGCCAAACGUCGACAUCUGUGAAAAAAAUCAAUCAGCAAGCAGCAGAGCGAAAGAAAGCUACAUUUAUAUUCCAUUUUCUCAUGAAUGACUUGGAUGAUAUUUAACUUUCAAUGUAUUGCUAAUCGUUUUAAUAAAGCAAGGUGAUUUUGAUGAAAACUUGUAAUUAAUGACAAUUUAAACAUACCUAUUUCAAAUGGGACCAGUUUAAAUAAAUGUGAAGGUUGUGCUUAAAAAAUCUAUAAUGAGCUGAGACUACAAAAAUAUAUUGUCAAAGUAUAUCAAAACAAACUGUACUUAAGAUUUUACUAAAUCAUUUGUUGAUUUUAAUACAAAAUUAUAAUUUAACACUGUUUCUUGCUAUAAAACAUAAAUCUCAAUAUGAGCCUAUGUUUAUCUAGUCUGCAUAGAAAUUUAUUGUGUGAACAAAUGUUUAGUGAGUUAAAACUUUCUUUUACAACAAAUAACUUAAUAAUUUUUGGAAAAUAAGGGAAAAUUAUAUGUAUUUUUACUUGAUUUAUUUUAAUGUAUUGGUGAAAUUGUAUAUUUAUUUACUUUUCAAAUUAUUAAAAUGUGAGAAAUAAAUAUGCAUAAUUUUUAUUUCCAGUGUAACAUUAUUAGAGAUAGCCUUAAUCUAAUGUCUUUUUUUCAUUUGUCCGUAUUUUUUUAAGUUGAUAUGUUAACAAAGUUCUAUAUAUUUAUGCUGGUUAUUUUUUAAAUUUUAUAGAAAUCAAUUGAAUGUAUAGUUUCUGAGAAAUAAUGAUUUAAAAACUAAUAUUAACUUUAACAAUUAAUAUUUCUGAUAAACAUAUAAAGAAUCUAAUAGCUAUAUACAUUGUAUUAACUAUGAAGUCUCAUUUUCUGAAAAAGUUUAGUAUAUAUUAAAAUAUAAGUGUAAUUAGGUUGCAGAUAACAAUUUAAUUAGGUUAUUCAAUAUAUUUAUUUAUCCAACUGACAUAUUUUAAAUUAAUCAACAUUUUUGCCACAUUAUUGAUAACUAUGUACAGCAAGAAUCGUAUGAGGAUAGCAACUAUUUAUAUGUAUUAAAGCUGAAAUUUUAAAGCAUUUUAUUUUUAAAUUUACUAAAAACAACAUAUUGCAAGAAGGUUUACUGAAUUAACUUGUUCUGUGACUAUAAAUUUGGAAGAAUGAGCUUUAAAAUGUAUUGUAAACAUCGACCUUUUUAUAGCACAUCUAUUGAAAACUGCCUAAUUCUUACAUUUUGCUGACUAAUAUUAUAUGUUUACUGUAUUAGACUAUCUAUUGUGACAUUUCUGUAAAUUUGGAAAAAAUAUAGUUCACAAUGUAUGUUAACAUAAGAAACCUAAAUACAAUAAAUCUUUUUUUUUAUUAAAAACUGACUUAUUUUGAGACUUAA